AUGUUACAACGGAGCAACGGCACGUUCUCCUGUGAGGUCCAUUCCUUCCCCCGCUCAGAUGGGGUCAUCCCUCCUGGGCCCUUCCUCCGCGAAGAGGUUCUGUUCGCCUUCUAUGUGCUCUUCGUAGUGAUCGGAGUGCAACGUGCCUGUGAGCUGUCACGCUUGGAUCGCGACCUGGUGUCCUUCACCGCGGAAAUGAAAAGCAUCUUCGAGGAGGUGGACAUCGAAGGCACCGGCUGUAUCGACUGGGAGCAGUUCCGGUCCUUCAUCCACAACGAACAUGUUCAAGCGUACUUCGCCACGCAGCAGUUGGACACUUCGGAUGCCCGGGAACUCUUCAACUUGUUGGAUCAGGAUGGUGAUGAUGAGGCAAAAAGUUCAGACGUCGCCACGUUGCUGCGCGAGAACAAGACCCGGGGGGACGUGACCAGAUUGGGAGAUUGGGCCGGGCUGUUCGAACCAAUCAUCAGAUCGGUGCCAGAUCGGAAGUUCAACAACAAGUCCAUGAAGGCGAUACGAAAAGUAGAGGAUCGCUUGGCCGCCAUCUGCACCGGCUUCCAGGGCUUGGGCAUCGAUUCCCGACGAAGCCCGUUGGAUGGGUUCUCCAACCAGUUGUCGCUCCUGCUACAUGGCAGCAGUAUGCAGCAGUUCAGCAAAUCGAGCAAGAUGCACGCAGCGUCCUCUCCAGAUCACGCCCGGAGUCCUGGGAAGCGCGAACGGCGAACUCCACAUGCUCGCGAGCGACGCGAGGAAGGUCGGUCCGACCCUUGGAUGUGUCAUUGUCAUACCAAGAUGCUCGGCAUUCAGGCAAAGAGCGAGAGCGAGGAAUGGCAUCUGGGUGCUGUUGGCUAUCGCUUAUCGAAGGGCUCUGUCCCACGAGCAGUUCGCUGGCUUAAAAGCCAAGUCUAUGGAGAACCAAGUGCACAAACGCACUGGCCACCAGCCGAUGGAGUUUGGAAAAACCACAAGGUGACGAUCCAGCAGGGUUUGGAUCGGAAAGAUAAUGGUGGAGCAGAUCAGCGGCUGCGAGAGGUGGCACAGCUGCCGGCGCCGGGCCAACCGAGCUGUGCCCUUGCCGUGAACACCAGGAAUGCAGCGCGUUGCAUUGCGAAUUCAUUGACCGUUGACCCGGACGCAGAGACGAACGACUUGGCUUGGAGAAACCAGAUGCAAUGGCAACUAGUUACAAAUCCACAAAACCAUGAUGCUGCAGCUGGGACACUGGACAAUCCACCCCGGACGCAUUGGUCCAAGUGUAUAGACACCCCAACGCCCCUCAAGGGGGAAGUGGUGACCAAGCAGCAUGGGGGGUGGCUCCUGAACCAAGAGCGGCCGAACAUGCUCGCUAUGCCUUCAGAUUUGCAGCAGAAAAUCUUGUUGGCGGUAGAUCAAUUGCAGGCGGAUGAUUUGGGUGUUGGUCCAGAGAUCUUGCAGCAUCCUGGAUUGAAGGUGGGCUAUAUCGAUGUGGAGCAGACGCCAGAGUACACGCUCUGCAUGUUUGCGAUCAAGAAAGGAGCUCACAUUCCGCUGCAUGAUCACCCGCAGAUGUAUGUCUUCGGCCGGCUCCUGUUCGGCGUGAUGAGAGUUGUCUCGUUCGACUUGGAGGACAUCAUUGACAAAGGCACCCGCAGAAACCCCAGGAGGCAGUGGGCCCGCGUGCGGUCCAUCGAGGUGCACGGUCCAGAUUCGAGGUCAUAUUCGCUUGCGCCAGACACUGGCAAUUUGCACUACUUGGAAGCUAUGGAGGACUGCUGCUUUUUUGAUGUCGUGACACCCCCGUAUAAUUCAGAGCAAGGCCGAGAGUGUACGUAUUAUCAGCCCCAAAUUGACUUGUCAAAUGCCGUCGCCGGAGAGCGCUACGAAAUUCAACAGCAUUGGCCGGAAAACUUCUACACGGAACCGCUCCGGUACAAGAGCAGAUAA